AUGGAAUACAAGAUCUUUGUGAAGCAGGUGCCAAGGCUCGUGACAAACAACAAUGAAGUAAACCUUACCUGCAACUAUACUAACAGCCUCGUCUUAAAGGAAUUCCGGGCCGCCCUUUAUAAGGGAGUGAAUAGCGACGUGGAAGUCUGUGUUGUGCAUGGGAAUUACUCCCAUCAAGUUCAGUUUCAUUCAAAUACAGGAUUCAACUGUGGUGGGAAAUUGGGCAAUGAAACAGUGACAUUCUACCUCCAGAAUCUGUGCGUUAACCAAACGGAUAUUUACUUCUGCAAAAUCGAAGUUAUGUAUCCUCCUCCUUACAUAGGCACUGAGAAGAACAAUGGAACCAUUAUCCAUGUGAAAGAGACACAUCAUUGUCCCGUUCCCCCAGCUACUGAGUCUUCUGAGCCCUUCUGGGUAUUUGUGGCUAUUGGAGUCCUGGCUUUCUAUAGCUUGGUAAUAACAGUGCUCUUUUGUGUUUUCUGGAGAAAGAAUAAGAGAAGCAGGAUCCUUCAGAGUGAUUACAUGAACACGACUCCCCGGAGGCCCGGACCCACCCGCAAACACUACCAGCCUUAUGCUCCGGCGCGAGACUUUGCGGCCUACCGCUCCUGA